UCAUUUAUCCUUUGCCGCCAAGUCAUUUGCGCUCAGUCGUAUCCUCAGAAUCUCCAUUUCCCUCUCUCUGCUUCUCCAUCUUCUUCUUUGAGGGUCAGCCAUGAAAGAUACUGGACCUCUGGACUUCAGCGCCGAAAGAGUUCUCGCAAAGGAGUUCCUUGCGAACUUCGCCGAUGCAAAUGGUGAAGCGAAGUACUUAAACAUCCUGCAAGAUGUUGCAAAUCGCAGAGUCCGUGCAAUUCAAAUCGAUCUCGAGGAUCUCUUUAAUUAUAAGGACUUGGACGAGGAUUUCCUCCAACGUAUUACAGAAAACACCCGGCGAUAUAUUGGAAUUUUUGCCGAUGCUAUUGAUGAGCUCAUGCCGGAGCCAACAGAGGCGUUUAUAGAUGAUGAUCACGACAUACUAAUGACACAAAGGUCUGAUGACGGACCUGAUACUGUCGAUAACCCUGACCCACGCCAAAAAAUGCCGCCAGAAAUCAAACGAUACUUUGAAGUUUACAUUAGAGCACCUUCAAAGGGCCGUCCGUUUACCAUAAGAGAGGUCAAAGCGUCAUAUAUUGGUCAACUUGUGAGAAUAUCUGGUAUUGUGACACGCUGUUCAGAUGUUAAGCCGUUGAUGCAGGUGGCAGUUUAUACAUGCGAAGACUGUGGUUUUGAGAUAUACCAGGAGGUAACAGCUCGAGUCUUCAUGCCUCUAUUUGAGUGUCCAUCUCAGCGUUGUAGAACAAACCAAACGAAAGGCAACUUAAUUCUUCAACUCAGAGCAUCCAAAUUUCUGAAGUUUCAGGAGGCCAAACUUCAAGAGUUAGCUGAACAUGUUCCGAAAGGUCAUAUUCCCCGGACAAUGACUGUUCAUCUCAGGGGUGAACUAACAAGGAAGGUAGCUCCAGGUGAUGUUGUUGAACUAUCAGGAAUUUUUCUGCCCAUUCCUUAUACGGGUUUCAGGGCAAUGCGUGCUGGUUUGGUUGCUGAUACAUUCUUAGAGGCCAUGUCAAUCACCCAUUUCAAGAAAAAAUAUGAAGAAUACGAACUUAGAGGAGAUGAGGAGGAACUAAUUGCACGUUUGGCUGAGGAUGGUGAUAUUUACAACAAACUGGCACGAUCGUUGGCACCUGAAAUUUUUGGUCAUGAAGAUAUUAAAAAAGCUUUACUGCUUCUUCUCGUUGGUGCUCCUCAUAGAAAGUUGAAAGAUGGGAUGAAGAUUAGAGGAGACUUGCAUAUAUGUUUAAUGGGUGAUCCUGGUGUUGCAAAGAGUCAACUUCUUAAACACAUCAUCAAUGUUGCUCCCAGGGGAGUCUACACGACUGGCAAAGGUAGCAGUGGUGUUGGUCUAACUGCUGCUGUUCAGAAGGAUCCUGUCACAAAUGAGAUGGUCCUUGAAGGAGGGGCAUUGGUGUUAGCUGACAUGGGAAUAUGUGCAAUUGAUGAAUUUGACAAGAUGGAAGAAUCUGAUCGUACAGCAAUACAUGAAGUCAUGGAGCAACAGACCGUGAGCAUUGCCAAGGCUGGAAUCACCACGUCUCUAAAUGCCAGGACUGCUGUCCUUGCUGCGGCCAAUCCAGCAUGGGGAAGAUAUGACCUCCGUAGAACUCCUGCUGAAAACAUUAACCUUCCUCCAGCUCUAUUAUCAAGAUUUGAUCUUCUUUGGUUGAUCCUAGAUCGAGCUGACAUGGAUAAUGAUCUUGAAAUGGCUAGACAUGUUGUUUAUGUCCAUCAGAAUAGAGAAUCUCCUGCUCUUGGCUUCACCCCACUUGAAUCAUCUGUUCUUCGAGCUUAUAUUUCCGCCGCAAGAAGAUUGUCUCCUUACGUUCCCAAGGAUCUGGAGGAGUACAUUGCCAGUGCCUAUUCCAGCAUCCGUCAGGAAGAAGCUAAAUCCAACACUCCCCAUUCAUAUACCACAGUGAGAACUCUACUAAGCAUUCUUCGGAUAUCAGCUGCUCUAGCAAGGCUUAGAUUCUCCGAGACUGUGGCCCAAAGUGAUGUUGAUGAGGCUCUAAGGUUAAUGCAAAUGUCAAAAUUUUCUCUAUACUCAGAUGACCGUCAAAAGUCUGGUCUAGAUGCUAUCUCAGAUAUCUAUUCAAUCUUGCGCGAUGAAGCUGCCAGAACUAAUAAAAUGGAUGUGAGCUAUGCACACGCCCUUAACUGGAUUUCUAGGAAGGGAUACAGCGAAGCUCAACUAAAAGAAUGUUUGGAGGAGUAUGCUGCCUUGAAUGUGUGGCAAAUACAUCCACACACCUUUGACAUUCGGUUUAUAGAUGCUUGAUGUGAUAUUUGCAUUAUUGAGUUACUGACUGAGAGGUAGUUUAAAUUGGUUUAGGACGAGGGCUGACCGACAAUCAUUUAGAAUAUAGACCGAGUAAAAAGCUAAAAAAUCAUGGAGGUUUUCAUGUUGUAUCUAUAGCGUAGAUGUGGAUGUUAUCACGAUUUGUAAAAGUGUUGUACAAUGUUUAAAUUUUAAGGGAUUGUUUAUUUGCAGCCACUUGUUUCAUG